AUGUGCAAGUUCAUGGACUGUUUACCAGACUUCUGGGAAAGCAUCUGUACUUGUAUCAAGACAAGUAAAGAUCUUGAAAAUAUGCCUCUUACUGCUCUUUAUGGAACUCUCCAUAACUAUGAGCAAACCAAGAUUCUGAAAAAGGCAUUAUUGAAGGAUCCCAGAACUACCUCUCCUGUUGCUCUUCUCUGCAACGAUACGAGGAAGCCAGUCAAUGAACCUCGUAUCACUUAUCUGACUGAUACUGAAGAUGAUGCUAUCAGAAAAGAAGAACUUGUUGAAAGCCAUGCUGAUGAUGCUGAUGAUAAGGGUGAUGAACCCUCAGUGAAUGACUUAGCUGACAAUAUGGCCAUGAUGGCUACCAACUUCAAAAGGUAUGCCAAAAAGGGUUCUUCCAACUUUUCUCCCAGAUCUAAGGUCAUCGAUCGUAGAACCUUAGACCAACCUAAGUCAGCUCCUCUUGAUCUGUCCAAUGAGGAGUGCUUCAAAUGUGACAAGAAAGGUCACUUUGCUGCUGAGUGCAAAAGCAAAAGGAUCUCUAAGUGUCAUCCUUUUCAUCCCUCUAGCAGAUCCUCUCACGAUAAGUACAAGGCAAAGUACAAGAGAGAAAAGGCAAAGAACCAGAGCCUUCAGAGAAAAGGAAAGGGUCUCAUGGUUGAGACUCAAGAUUGGAUUGAUGAGCCAACCUAUUCCUCCAGUGAUGAGAACAUGACACAUCUGUGUCUUAUGACCAACAUCCAGGAGAUAGAAGACUCUGUCAAGGGAUCCUCCUCUACUGUUGUUACUGAUCUACCUUCUACCUCUAAGGAUGCCAAAGAUCUGGUCAAGCCAAAGAAGGUAAACAACUUCUCCUCUCUCUCUGAAUCUGAAAAGGUUCAACCUUAUGAUUCUUUAUCUGUUGAUCUUUACAAUGCUAGAUCUGCUAAGAAGAAAGCUGACCUUGAAAUCAAAAGUCUAACUAGUCAGUUACAUAAAUGUUAUGAUGAUUUGGAUCUGUGUGCUCCUGAUGACUCUAUAUGCAUUUCUUCUCACAUUCUUUCUUCCUCCUCUCCAUCUCACUUAUCUGAUUCUGUUGGAUCUCUUUCUCCAAGAUCUAAUGAUAAUGGAAAAUCUCUUAAGUUCGGAAUUUUUGUCAAAGCUAACAAUCCAAACUCUGAAUCUGAGAAUGUUCCUGUCGACUGUGUGUUUAACUUUCUCUCUCUUAAGGAAUCUCCUGAAGCAUGCCCAUCUAAAUCUAAAAUAUUUGAGCAUCUGAAGCAUCCUUUGAAUCAUCGUUUCUCUGCUGCUGAGAAAGGCAAGUCUGUGGACAAGCCUAUCAAGAAUAAGAAGCCAAAAUCCAAACUGAAGAUAAAACAUAAGCCUUCGGCUACCUCAUCUCAGUCAGUUGUUGCUCCUCAGACUGGUACCUCAGGCUUAGGACACCGACAGAUAUGGUACUUGGACAGUGGAUGUUCAAGACACAUGACUGGAAACAAGUCCCUAUUGAUCAACUAUGUGUCUGAACCUGGUUCUUCUGUAACCUUUGGAGAUAAUGCCAGAGGUACUACUAAAGAAUAUGGUGUUCUUUCUAACGGCUCGGUUACCUUCAACCGAGUAGCUUAUGUGGAUGGACUGAAGCACAAUCUGUUAAGCAUCAGUCAGCUAUGUGAUCUCAACUUCAUUGUGAAGUUUGAAGAAAACCAGUGUACUAUUCUUGACUCUUCUGGCAAGAAGGUAUUAACUGGUAUCCGAAAGGAUAAUGUCUAUGUGAUCAACAUGGACUCUUCUAGCUCUUCUGAUGCCAACAUCUGUUCCUACUCCGAGGCUACUGCUGAUCAAAAUUGGCUAUGGCAUAAAAGGUUGUCUCAUCUCAACUUCAAAGCCAUCAAUAAUGUUUCUAGUAAAGAUCUGGUUAUUGGACUUCCGAAUAUGUCAUAUGUCAAAGUGAAGCUGUGUGCUGCUUGUGAAAAAGGCAAGCAAACCAAAGCAAGUUUCAAGUCCAAGAUGUGCUCUUUUAUUUUUGCUCCUUUGCACAUGCUCCACAUGGAUCUCUGUGGUCCUGUGAGUGUUCAAAGUUUGGGUGGAAAAUGUUAUACUCUUGUUAUUGUGGAUGAAGAUCAGUUAGGGAAGUUUGAUCCUAAAUCUGAUGAAGGAAUUUUUGUUGGUUACUCUCUUUUCUCUAAAGCCUACCGGGUAUACAACAUGCGUCGUCAGUGCAUUGAUGAAUCUAUCAAUGUCAGAUUUGAUGAAUCUAAAUCGAUGCCUGCAUCAUCAUCAUUCCAAAGUGAUGAUCUUGAGCUAAACAAGUGGUUGGAAUCUCACUCCUCUGAGAAUUCAACUCCAGUCGGUGGACCUCCACACUCUAAUGGAGAUGUUCCACCCGUUGAGGAAGAUGAGAAUGAAGAUCUUUUAUUCAACAUGAAUAUUCCAUCGGUCAGUCCUGAACAAGAACAGCCGAUCCGGCACCUCUUUCCUAUGUGGAACCCUCAACUGGUGUCGAUGUUCCUACUUCUUCUACUAGGGACAUCAGUGACCCAACCUCAGUAG